UUAUUAGUCGGCCGCGCGCGCUCCGGCAAGCAUGUGUUUCGCGUGACGCGCUCUACUACUUUACGCGGCACGUUCGAUUUCGUUGGCAUGGCUCCGCGCCGGCAAGGCGCCACCGGCGAGCGUGAGGCUGAGGACACUCGAGGGUGUUGUGUUCCUGGCGAGUGCCUCCGGCCCCGAGAGGCGGUCCGUAUUGAAGAUGCAAUUCGCGUACUAUGCAACAACGACACGUGCGCUGCCGGCAGAUACAUGCACAGGGAGUGCUUCGAACAAUGGGAAGGAGGCGUGCUGGCUUAUCUCAAGUCUUGUGGCCGUGCACGAUCCUGGUCUGAGAGGCAGCGUCACCAGAAUCUAUGGACAAAGAAGGGAUACGAUUUGGCGUUCAAAGCGUGCGGCUGCCGGUGUGGCCGCGGCCACUUGAAAAAAGAUCUCGAUUGGGCUCCACCCGGCGCUGCUAUUAGGGCAGAGGAAGAGAAGAAGCGCCGUAGACGGACAAGAUCUGGAAGAACUCCGGCUGCGAUUGAUGGACGUUCACGAGCCUUCAGUUUAUCCAGUUCUGGGUCUUGCUCGCCGCCAUCUGCCCCUUCUGAGCCCUCUGCCAGUCCGACACAUGCCCCUUCACAUGCUGUCACUCCAGCCAAAAGACACUCCAAACCAGAAAUAAUUUCUGACAGGAUCAGGGCUGGUGCCGGAGCAAAUGGGAUAUUCUCUCGAAGACUGGACUUUUCUACCUUCAAUUUUCUGCCGAAGCAUAAAGUUAACUCCUAUCAAAUAAAGAUUGAAGAUGAAGGUAACCAUGGCAACGAUGAUACCCGGUUGUUCAUCUUGUCGACUUUGGCUGGCCAGCAUAAACCAAGAGUAUCGUGCGCUCUCUGCAAAGAAACUCUACACGUAUUCGAUCGGUAUCCUCUUGUCGACGGAACCUUCUUCUUGAGUCCAAGACAGCAUGCAAACAGCGCUGUGGAGGUCAAAGUGGAAGGCCGUACCCAAUACUUAACAUGUGUGUGUAUGGGCUGCUUGGAAAGGUGCGAUCCAGAGAGAACAAUCCGAUGCCGAUUCUGUGGCCAAAAAUGGGACGGCACGUCCCUUGUGCUCGGCACCAUGUAUUCUUAUGACAUUUUCAUGGCAACACCCUGUUGCGCGGAGAGGUUGAAGUGCAACAGCUGCUACAAACCGCUUCUGCAUCCCCAGCAGCGACUCAACUAUUCAGACUAUUCGCAUCCAGUGACGUGCCCGCACUGCCGGGUGCUUGACACGCACUUCGUCAAGCCCAUGAACUACUGCUUCACAAAGAGGACUUUCCCGCUAUUCCAGCAGUGGCCAUAACAGACGGCGGUGCCGGGGACAUCCCCCGGCACCCCCCCUGCCUCCGCUGAUGCGUGGAAUUUUACACCGUCGCCUCCUCGCCGCGCCUCGCCCCCUGCUUUACGUCCCGUCGUUAAUACAAGUAUGGCAUCUCGCGUGCCAGAACCUGAAGAGCCAAAAUACAUGGCGCCCACCCUCGCUAGCAUCACGGAAUCGCUCAACUUGCUCGGAUUGAGCCCGGAGACGCUAGCGAUGAGCUUAGGAGAGUCACUAGCCGAGAGAUACCUCGCUGCGCUCAGGCCAAAACAGCCUGAACGGCCAUUACCAAUGCUCGGCGGUUGCGGCCGACCACGACCGGCCCCUCUAGCUGACCCGUCGCAUCUUCAGCUGUUCUCGAACGACUUCAUCGACUAUUUGAACCAAAUCGCGUAAUCGGCGGUGUUUAAAGGACUUUUUUUCACGAACUUUUCAAGUGCGUUCCAAGGACGUUAGGAAUAAUUUCUGUUAAAUUAAGUUGGUAUUAUUGAAAAUAAUUUUAUAUGUCGGUUUAGAUCGUACUAUUGAUUUUAUUUUAAUUUUAUUCUGCACUUUGUUGAUUAGAUGUUGAUUUUUAUCGGAAAUAAUAAAUUAGCGUUGAAGUGUGAAGCCAGGAAAUGCAUUUUUGUUUUUGUCGAUUGCAUCAUAAAUCUUGUGUGAAUUCCUUUUGAAGGAGUUGAUGGAGAGGAUUUUUAAAAUUAUUGAUUACCUUCGAUUUCAGUGAUACUGAUUACCCUAUCUGAUAGGGGUUUGAGUGGUGUGUUGUUUAGUUCAAUUUAGUUUAUUAGUUAUGUUUUAUUUUAGCAAAAUUUUAAACCUAACUUAAGUGUUUGUUAUACAAUAUUUUCGUAGGUUUAUUGCGAACUUUUAUUUCCUCCCACCAAAUGGCACUUUAGACGUGUAAGGGACUUCAACAUGAAGAUGCCAUGUUAGUUUAUUAUCUCUUAUAUCAGUUUCAUUUAAUUACUAUUAAUUUACACAUAAUUUAAUUAACAAUAAUAAUGGUAGAGGAUUUUUAAGUGUAAGUCGUUGCUGUGUCACCAAUAAUAUGAUUAGCUUGUCUAUAUUAUCUAUUACAAUUACGGUAAGCUUAUGUAACUUUAACAUCGUUGAUUUACUUCAUUAUUAUUUAUUUCGCUCUCAGUGAUUAGCGGGACGUUUUUAAAGAUACUUAUUGUGGAAUCGUGUUUAUAAUAUUUCAAAAUUGUGCCAUAUCAAACAAGAGUGUAUUGUUUAUUCGUUUUGUGGUCGAUAUAUUAUCAAAAUUUAUGUACACCACUAAUCAUUGAGACGUUCUCUUUUAAUUUUAAACACUGAAAGCGAGAGGAACUUUCACAUAUUUUUUUCUUUUUUUGUUAAAACCUUUGGCUAAAUAAGUUAGGAUUAAGGGUUUUUUCUUAUAAUUAUCAUGAAUGUCUAUUUAUUUAUAAGUGAAUAGCGCUUCGAUAUUAAAUAAGCGUUUUAAGUGAAGUGCACUACUCUUUAACUGUUUAACGUUAACUUUAUAGAUAAGGGUUUUUAUACAUUUGAUACUUAUUACUCGCAAAGUGAUUACAAGUGAUAAACUAUAGUUAUAGUGCGUGUUUAGUGAUAACAAGUGGUGCGGAUAGCUAGGCGCAUACGAACCAAAUUGUUUACAAUGUGUAAAGUAAAAGGUGAUACGGGCGGAUUUAUUCGCUAAAUUAUUAGGCAAUAAUUCUUAAUGAAGACUUGAACACUUUUGUAGGUAAUUUUUGCAAUGUCCUUUUUAAAUCGUAACUGCCAUUUUACUAAAUUUUAGGAUUAAUGUGCUCUACGCUUUUGCCUUGUAGCGAGAAAAAAGUUUGAUUCUUUUUAAUGGCGCGUAAUCGAGCGAUUUCUAAGAUGGGUCCAAAGCUACGUGUUGGAGUUGACAAACGCCGUUUCUAAAUUCAAACUUUAAUAAAUCACGCGUAGGUUCGUAAAACAGAUGACGCUCUAAUGAAAUUGGUUUGCCUUAAAUGGGAUGUCAAGGUAGUCUUGUACGCGUUCCCGAGCACAUUAAUCUCUCUUCUUUUGGACUGAAUACGUCCAAAAGAUGUCACGUUCGUAUGUGUAAUGUAGUACGUAGUUUUAUCAUCGUACGCCUUCAUCACUUAUCAUCCGCAUCACUCUUCAUUAUCAUCUUCAUCGGCACUGUUUGAGUGGACGGCUACUGGUUUCUAUGCUCUCAGGUACAUUACAAGCCUAGUUGUUGUUUAAUUAAUGGCCAAGGCAUUUAGGCCAUACAGCCAUUUCUUUAGUAUUUAAUAUUCUCUAUCAUAUGUUUGUGUUUGACAUUGGAAUAGCUUUUUUAGUUUUUGGAGCCAAUCUUAAAGAUAUAAGAGCAUAGAUAAGUCAACAUUAAAAUAUAUGAUUAACAUUUUAUCAUGGAGCCAAUUUUCUCUGCUUACAAACCAUACUACCAGCCUAUUUCACUGAACUAUAUUGUUCGCUCACAUACAAUAUCGGUAUGGCAAUAAAACACCAGAUUCAACAAUCAAAACUUACUUUAAACAAUACAAAUACAAUAAAAUAGACUGGCCUCAAACUUAUCUCACGGAUUCGCCCCAAAAGCUCGUCCAAAUUUUGACGUAGAGACGUUACUUUCUGAAGCAAACCUAAAGUGCGCUAUAUCGAACAUACAGGAACAUAUAAAAAUCAAAAGAAACCAGAUUUCUUCAUACCAAUAUAAAAUAUUUUAUCAUGAUUUUUAUAAAUCUUAUUUGUAAUUUAGAUGCUUUUUGAGCUAUAGCAGCCAGUAGCCACGAGUGGUUGUAAUACCUCUUAAAAAUACUUUCGUAUUAGUAUCCUUUGCUUCAAAGUUACUAUAAGAAUGAAAUCUAUUACAUAUAUUCUAAUACCCUAAACAUAGCAUCACAUCAUAGUAUUGUAAAUAUGCCGUUUUUUCAAGUACACGCAGAUGCUUAUCGGAAAAUGUUUAAGAUAUAUUGCAUAUUUAGCCAUAAAUCGAUAGUACAUAAUUUCAACAAUAUCAAAGAAUACCCUAAUUAUUUUAUUCAUUGGGACCGAAUUGCAAUGACACCUCAUGUGUUAUUCGUUCUUUAAUUUUAUCGAAGUUUGCUCGUUCGAAUAUAGAAUUAUAUUUAAAAAGUUUAAAUGUACAUUUAUCUACAAUGAGAAUGUACACAAUAAAGUAUUUGAAAAAAUAAUUAAAAAAAAAAAGAGGAAAUUAGCGAGCUGUUGUUGGUAUAUUUAGAAAAAUAUUAAAUGAUCCAGAUCAUCUGAUGGUUGCCAUGUACAAAUGGAAGUGAUGUGUCAUUCCAGUUCGGCGCCCGAUUAGCUAAAACGACACAAAUUAUAAUGUCAUAUUGUUUAAUAGUCAAAUACAGAGCCAUCUACGUAGAUUUUAUAAACAUAUAACCUGUUUUUAAAUAAAAGAAAAAUACUAAGACUUAAUCAGUCGUUUACAAUACCGGUACAAACUCGUAAUAAUUAAAACACUAUUUUGGAAACUAUAUCAGUCCUCCGACGCAUCAGUAAGGCUGUUUAUUUACUAUUUUAUAGAGUAUUCAAUAUUAAAAAGAAAAUAGUGAAUUAUAGUUAAAAUCAUUGACUCUUACUCAAGUUGAGAAUUCCGGUUUUUAGAAUAUCAACACCCAUUAAGUUGUAUAGUACAACUUAACACGGUAACCUUAAAUUGUAUUUUAUAUCACUUAAUAAAAUAAUUAUCAGAAUAUUACAAAAUAAAUUUACCAUUUCGGAUAAGGUUUCUUUAUAAAGUAUAUAUUUUUAUUUACAUACAAAUUAAAUUCAAUCAGUUGACUUUUUAUUGCUGCCUCAUUUCUCAAAGUAAGGUUUUUAUAACUAUAAAACUCUCUUUCUUUAAUAUAUUCAUUUGACUUCUUGUCUUAAUAUCCCAAACGCUUCUAAAGGUUGUAUAGAUUAAAAAAAUCGUGUUAUAUCCGUUAAUUUCGGUUCCCCUCACAAUAGAUGAAAAUCAGAAAAUUUGUUUAAUAUCAUAUUCAUAUUUGAGUAAUCAACUGUUCAGUUUUGAUAAAUAAUAAUUACAUAAACGUUGCCAACUAAUAAGUUUAUUUGCACAUAUUUGUUGUAUUUAUGGUAUUAAAUGAUAAUAAUUUAUUUAGACACCGAUGCAUUCGAAUUUCUUCAUGUUGAAUUUUUAAUGUGUAAUUUAGUGAAUUGCUUAAAAGUACAAAGAAAGAAUUUGUUACUUUUGCAAAUUUUAU